CGGGGUUCUUCUCUGAUUGGCUAAGCUUGUUGUGAAGCUGCGUUCAGAUGACAGACGUGUGUUAAAAAAAGAUAGCGAGGUGAUCCGACAACGGUAGAACAGACCCUUUAUUCUCUUCACUCUUAUCUGGGAAAACUACCUUUCAUCAAAUACACUCUGUGGAAAUGUUAUUUAACCCGACUGGCUUGAAAGAAUGUUUACAAGAAUGGGAGGAUCUGAAAAAAGACUAUCAACAAGUUCAGGAGACACAUCGACUUUACAAACAAAAGCUGGAGGAGGUUUCGAAACUGCAGGACAGCUGUUCUUCUUCAAUCGCACGCCAGAGGAAAAAGUUAAAGGAUCUCAACGAAUCCCUGCAGGAAUGCAGAGCGGUAGCGAAUUCAGAAGAUGUAAAUAAAAUAGAUGAGAUCCAAGAUUCUAUAAAGGAGAGAUCAAACGUCUUUUUUGAGAUGGAGGCCUUCCUGCCAAAGAAAAAUGAGUUAUACCUCAGUCUUGUGCUUGGAAAUGUUAACGUCACACUUCUUAACAAGCAGUCCAAGUUUGCCUAUAAAGAUGAGUACGAGAAGUUCAAACUAUACUUGACUGUGCUUCUCUUGUUCUUCUCAUUCACCUGUUGGUUUUUGUUCAGCUACAGGGUUGUAGAUGCACUUUUCAACUUCCUGUUGGUGUGGUAUUAUUGUACAUUGACGAUAAGAGAGAGCAUCCUCAUUAAUAACGGCUCCAAGAUCAAGGGCUGGUGGGUGUUUCAACACUAUGUCUCAACAUUUCUCUCUGGAGUAAUGCUGACCUGGCCUGAUGGUGAGCUCUACCAGAUGUUCAGAAAUCAGUUCCUGUCCUACUCCAUGUAUAUAAAUUUUGUUCAGUUUCUCCAGUACUAUUACCAGAGUGGCUGCUUAUAUAGACUUAGAGCUCUUGGAGAAAGACACAACAUGGACCUCACAGUUGAGGGGUUUCAGUCCUGGAUGUGGAGGGGUCUGACCUUUCUCCUGCCUUUCCUUUUCUUGGGCCAUUUUUUCCAGCUUCAUAAUGCAGUUACACUCUUCCAAAUGACUCAGCAUCCAGUAUGGAAAGAGUGGCAGGUUCUCAUGUGUGCCUCUACUUUGCUUGUUUUGUUCAUGGGGAAUUUCUUCACCACUCUUGGAGUUGUUUACCACAAAUACAUGGAUCACGACAGAGCCAAAGCUUUAUAAAUGACCAGCACAAAGACUGCUGAACUCUUUAUUAAAAGAAGUUAUGUUUUAUAUUAAUGUUUUUUAAAUGUCAUUUAAAUGUCAUUCAUAUUUUUUGAUUAAAUGUUUUCAAAAAAUGUUUUUUUCGGUUUUUUGUUCAACUUGGCUAAGUUAUGAUUUUUGCAAAUGUGUCACAAAGCAUUAGGGAUAAAAUGUAUUUUCCCUAAACCUAAAAUAUUUAAUAUAUAUGUUUUUUUUUUUUUAAAUUAAAGGACUAAGUGU